AUGAAAUUUUCAAGCCUUCGAUUUUUGCCAUUCUUUUUUCAACUUGACACGACCAAUUGGAAACAUGGAAUUGAUGCGGCGGCACAGUCAAGAAUAAAGAUUCUCUCCUGCUUUUUCACUUUUUUGGUUGCCGUUCCUCUUUUGGCCACCCUCACCCGGGGGCUGGAGGAAGAGGAGGAGGAGAUGAGGGAGUGGGUGUCGGAUGAGGUGGUGGUGGUGGAGGAGGAGGAGAAGGAGGAGGAGGAGGAGGAGGAGGAGGAGGAGGAGUAG